GCAUCGUUGCGAAUGGUUCUUGUGUGCGCCGCAUCGCAGUCGACUGCAUGCGCUUCGAACCGGAAGCUGCGUCGCCUGGCUUUCAGUUGCAAGCACGUUCUCGCACUGACUGACAAUGAAACAGAAUUAGCAAAGGAAAAAGUGGCGCAGCUGCAGCGACUUAUUGCACUGCUACGUGAAAGCAGCUUCACGGAAAGUGACUUACGUGACAAUGACACUGUUGCUUGA